CUACUUCUACGGCCAUCAGUAAUUUGGCAUCUCUUCUUUCGCGUUUUGUUGACUGCAAUUUUGUGGAUUCUCUACCUUGGUGUAUUGCUUUCUAUCUCUGUGGAAUUUUAUGGUUCUUUUCUGGUUGAAGAGAAGGGCUUGUUUAAGCCACACGCCUGAGCAAAGAAAAGACACUUUUAAGUGAAGUGAAGAAGCGUUUUGUCCUAAAUCUCUACUUUUUUUAAUCUACUUCCAUUUCUGUCGUUCCCACCUUUUCCCUUUCUCUGUCUUUUAAUACCUAUCAACUCUAUGGUAAGAAAAUAAAUUAGUUAGAGGAUGGGAUAGGUCAACUAUAGUUGAAGGGAUCGGAAUUUGUGGACCUGACAUGUGUUCAAAUGCAUUGCAUCCAUGUUUGGAAAUGUUGAUUAGUGUACUGCAAAUUACUACGAAGACCUGUUUUUGUACUUCUUUGUAGUACAUGGAUAAUGGGUCCUUUUUACUUUUCAAAUUUCAGGGUAGUUGAGAGAGAGAGCGGUACUGCCUCUAUUGUGUAUAUAAAAAAAAAAUUCUGUACCUAAUUAUGUCAUGUAUAUCUGAUUAACAAAACCCAUUUGGAGUAUUGCGUUUGUCUGGCAUUUAAUGCUUAUAUUGGUCUUAUGAAAAGCUCAAUCCGGUCAGAUGUUGUUUCUUCGAUAUAAUAACCCAAUUGAAGCUUGUGCGCUAUACUGUCUGUUUUUGUUGGAAGGUCUUCUUAUGAGGCAACUCUGGGUGUGAACGUUAAGCCUUUUCGAGGGUUUCACUUUUUCAUUUCUGUGAGUUUUUGGAUUUUUAUGUCCAUUUGGGUAAUUUUCGAUUGAGAUUUGUCAUUAAUAUGUAAAAGUUUUCAACUGUUUCCUACGUAAGAAAUAAGCAGCAGACUUAAAGGGAGAAGAUUUUUGAUGAAUAAUCAAAUGAGGAAUAUGAACAUGGAAGUGAAAGAUAUUGACAAGAUUGAGGACGAUUUGGAAGACGGGGAAAAUCAACAUGAGGAUGUUACAAGAAUUGCUCCGUGGACUAAACAGAUAACAAUUAGAGGGGUCAUAGCUAGUUUAGCUAUUGGCAUCAUUUACAGUGUGAUAGUCAUGAAACUAAACCUCACCACAGGUCUAGUCCCUAAUCUUAAUGUUUCUGCUGCUCUCCUGGCCUUUGUUUUCAUUAGAAGUUGGACUAAGCUCCUUGAUAAAGCUGGAAUUGUAUCUAAUCCAUUCACUAGACAAGAAAAUACAAUAAUUCAGACUUGUGCUGUUGCUUGUUAUAGCAUUGCUGUUGGAGGUGGUUUUGGGUCUUAUCUACUGGGAUUAAACAGGAAGACAUAUGAGCAAGCUGGGGUUGAUACACAAGGGAAUGCUCCUGGGAGCACAAAGGAGCCUGGGAUUGGUUGGAUGACUGGUUUCCUCUUCGUGAGCAGUUUUGUUGGGCUGCUUGCAUUGGUUCCUCUUAGAAGGAUCAUGAUAAUAGAUUACAAACUACCUUAUCCAAGUGGAACUGCUACUGCAGUUCUAAUUAAUGGAUUCCACACUCCUAAAGGAGACAAGAUUGCUAGGAAGCAGGUUCAUGGGUUCAUGAAGUAUUUUUCAAUUAGCUUCUUUUGGGCUUUCUUUCAGUGGUUUUACUCUGGUGGAGAGCAAUGUGGAUUUGUUCAAUUCCCAACAUUUGGCUUGAAAGCAUGGAAAAACACAUUUUACUUUGAUUUCAGUAUGACUUACAUUGGAGCAGGAAUGAUCUGUUCCCAUCUUGUGAAUAUGUCUUUGCUUCUCGGUGCGGUGCUUUCUUGGGGAGUUAUGUGGCCACUGAUACAUGGGCUUAAAGGAGAGUGGUUCCCUGCUACUUUACCAGAAAGCAGCAUGAAGAGUCUAAAUGGUUACAAGGUCUUUAUUUCUAUUGCUCUAAUUCUAGGAGAUGGACUCUACAAUUUUCUCAAAAUAUUAUAUUUCACUGCCAGUAGCAUCUAUACUGGAGGAAAGAACAACAAUCCCAAAAAAUUUUCAGAUAAGCAGAAUGAAGCUCUUGAUGAUCGUAGAAGAAAUGAUGUUUUCAUGAGAGAGACGAUUCCAAUGUGGGUGGCAUGCUUAGGGUACACUGGUUUCUCUAUCAUCUCCAUCAUUGUGAUCCCACUUAUGUUUCCUGAGCUAAAGUGGUAUUAUGUACUUGUUGCCUACAUUUUGGCACCAUCUCUUAGCUUCUGCAAUGCAUACGGUGCUGGUCUAACUGACAUGAAUAUGGCCUAUAACUAUGGAAAGGUGGCUCUUUUUGUACUUGCAGCCUUGGCCGGAAGAAAUAAUGGUGUGGUCGCAGGACUUGUAGGAUGUGGCCUGAUUAAAUCCAUUGUUUCCAUCUCAUCAGAUUUAAUGCAUGAUUUUAAGACUGGUCAUCUGACCCUCACUUCUCCUCGGUCGAUGCUUCUUAGUCAAGCCAUUGGGACUGCAAUUGGCUGCAUCGUAGCUCCUCUAACAUUCUUUCUAUUCUACAAAGCUUUUGAUGUGGGGAACCCCGAUGGAGAGUAUAAAGCUCCCUAUGCUAUCAUCUACAGAAACAUGGCAAUUCUUGGUGUAGAAGGCUUCUCAGCACUUCCACAGCACUGCUUGCAGCUUUGUUAUGGGUUUUUUGCUUUUGCUAUUCUUGCAAAUUUGGCAAGAGAUUUAUCCCCUAAAAAUGUCGGAAAAUGGAUUCCUCUACCGAUGGCUAUGGCGGUGCCUUUCCUCGUAGGGGCGUACUUUGCAAUUGACAUGAGUGUGGGGAGUCUAAUUGUGUUUGGUUGGCACAAGCUAAACAAAAAAAAGGCAGGUUUGAUGAUACCUGCAGUGGCCUCUGGCUUGAUAUGUGGAGAUGGGCUGUGGAUUCUCCCUUCUUCUGUUCUUGCAUUAGCCAAAGUUCAUCCGCCGAUAUGCAUGAGUUUCUUGAAAUCCAAAUAG